GGCCCCGGGUUUUUAAUGAGCACAGCGUUUCUUGAUCCGGGAAACCUAGAGGGGGAUCUGCAAACUGGUGCUGUCUCCGGGUACUCUUUGUUGUGGUUGCUUUUGUGGUCCGCCGUGAUGGGGCUUUUGAUCCAGCUGUUGUCCGCCAGGCUUGGGGUGGUGACGGGGCGGCACAUGGCGGAGAUUUGCAGGGAUGAGUACCCUUAUUGGGCGAUUCUGGUUCUAUGGUUUAUGGCCGAGAUAGCGUUGAUUACAGCUGACAUUCAGGAGGUGAUUGGGAGUGCCAUUGCCAUUAAGCUAUUAAGCAAUGGGGUUGUUCCACUUUGGGCUGGUGUCUUGAUAACAGCUUGUGAUUGUUUCAUUUUCUUGUUCCUUGAGAGCUACGGAGUGAGGAAACUGGAAGCUCUUUUUGCUUCUUUUAUUACAAUAAUGGCACUCUCAUUUGCAUGGAUGUUUGCUGACACCAGUCCUAGCGGAAAAGAACUACUCAUAGGUCUUUUAAUUCCGAGAGUUGGGUCAAAAACGAUUCGGAAAGCUGUGGGAUUACUCGGUGGCAUAAUAACACCUCAUAAUGUCUUCUUAUAUUCUGCAGUCGUACAAUCAAGAAAAAUUGACCCCAAAAAAAAGGGUCAAGUCCAAGAAGCUUUGUAUUACUACACAAUAGAAUCAUCACUUGCCAUUUUCGUGACCUUCAUGAUCAACAUGUUUGUCACCACCAUUUUUGCCAAGGCUUUUUACAACACAAAAGAGGCCAACACUAUAGGCCUAUUGAACGCAGGGUAUUAUCUUGAAGAAAAAUACGGAAAAGACGUUUUCCCAAUCUUUUACAUUUGGGGGAUCGGGCUUUUAGCAGCCGGGCAGAGUAGCACGUUAACGGGCACCUAUGCCGGGCAGUUCAUCAUGGGCGGGUUUCUUGAUCUUGACAUGAGAAAAUGGUUAAGAACUUUGAUCACAAGGAGUUGUGCGAUUGUGCCAACGAUUAUUGUAGCAAUUUACUUUAAUAGAUCAGAAGAUUCGUUAGAUGUUCUUAAUCAAUGGGUUAAUGUGCUUCAAGGGAUGCAGAUUCCUUUUGCUGUUAUCCCACUUGUUCGAUUGGUGUCAUGUGAGCGGAUCAUGGGACCAUUUAGGAUUAAACCAUCCAUGGAGGUAUGA